CUCAACCAGAGAGUUGAAACCGAGUACCUUUGCAUUUUGUUCUCAGCCAGAUCAGUUAAUUUUUGGUUGUAUUUUUUGAGAAAUUGGAUAGUUGGGAGAUGAGUUCAGAGGUCAUCGUGUCCCGGCCUCAGUUUGACAGCAGGGCAGUGGCUCUGGGACUGGGAGAGACGAGUACCCCUGUGGAACCUGAUUUUCCACAGCCCUCUUCAGGUUCGGCCACCGCCGGGUACCGCUCGGCCAAAUACAUGCCGGCCGAAUGGUUCUCCAACUACCAAACCAUUCUGAGGCAGGCCGGUUCCCGCCAGGCCGAGUCCGAAAGCGUCCAGCGCCAGUCCAGAGCUUUGGAUCAAGACACCGAGGCGUCCACAUUUGAGACCCAGACCCAGGGGACCCGUCUCCUGGGAGAGAGGCUGCAGGAGAUCCACUCCUGGCAGUCGGAGCUGAGGAAGCACGUCGAGUCUCUGGAGGCCGAGACCCGGUCGCUGCUGGGGGUCAGGACCCGGCUGGACAGGGCGCUGGACGCCACCGAGACGCCGUACGCCAUCGCCGUCGACAACCUGAGCUGCAGGGCCCGGAGACUCGGACCAGACCUGGUCCGGGACGCGGUGGAGGAGCAGCUGCUGAAGGAAGUGGACCUGAUCAGGAACGUCCAGGCUCUUCUGAAGAGAACCACAGCUCAGGUCGUCUCUCAAAUCAAGAAGAACAGAGAGGCCAAGCAGACCCUGGAGCGGGACUGGUCGGAUAAAUAUGAGGCCUACAGCUUGGAUGAGCUCAGCGGGAAGCACAGCAACACGAGCCCCGACACUCAGCAGCAUCCCAGCUCAGCGGCCAAUCAGGAGCAUGCGUGCGUCCCUUCAUCCUGGACCAAAUACACACAGGACAACGUGUCCAAGGCCCAGCAGGAGGAGCAGGCCUCAAACAGCCUCAGGCUGCUGGUGGAGCGGAUGCUGAGGGACACCACGGAGGAUCUGAGGGUGCAGUGCUCCAUCGUGGACCGGGCCUUCGGCCAGCGCAGCCUGGAGCUCAGCGAGGCCAAAACGCAGCUGGAGAUGAAGCUGGCUCAGAUUUUGGAGCAAAUCGGAGCCCAGGAGAGGAACAUCGUGGCCCUGCAGCAGGCCGUCCAUAACAAAGAGGCUCCGCUCAGAGUGGCCGAGUCCAGACUCCACCAACGCUCCCUCAGGCCCAACAUGGAGCUCUGCCGGGAUCAGCCCCAGCUCAGGAACAUCGUGGCCCUGCAGCAGGCCGUCCACAACAAAGAGGCUCCGCUCAGAGUGGCCGAGUCCAGACUCCACCGCCGCUCCCUCAGGCCCAACAUGGAGCUCUGCCGGGAUCAGCCCCAGCUCAGUUUGGAGGCAGAGGUCCGGCAGAUCGGCGCCUCGCUGGCGUCCCUGAAGCAGAAGCUGACCGACGCCAGAGGGUCGCUGUCAAACCUGGAGGAGUCCCAGAUGCAGCUGAAGAAAGACAUCCAGAGCAAAACCCACUCGCUGUUCAUCGACAGGGAGAAGUGCAUGACCCACCGGAAGAGGACGGAUGAUGGAACAGGAUGCAGCCAGUUCCUUCCACAGUCCGAACAGCAGAUAGAGAUGAACUAUUUUAGUCUCAUCUGGUUAGAUAACGUGCGCUGUAAGGGGACGGAGCUCUCCGUCGCUGAGUGCCACUCCAACGGUUGGGGGGUGAACGACUGCACCCACGGGGAGGACCUGGGGGUCAUCUGCAGCCCGGAGAGGCGUCCCGGUUUCCCCCCCGCCUCGGGCCACGAGAUCGCCCUGCACCGGAACCCCGCCUCCCCCCGCCGGGGAGGCCUCUCCCCCCAGGAGAACGGCCACCAGAUCCAGAUCCUGCGGAGGAACCGGGGCGGGGCCGCCCCCCCGCUGCCCCGGGGCCACCAGCUGCCCGCGCGCCUGGCCAACGGCGCCUCCUACAGGCCGAGGCAGGAACCGUACACGGCUCGGGCCGGCCCCCAGCAGCAGCAGGCCGAAAGACCCCCGCAGAGGCCCCAGCAGCUCAGCGGGAACCACGUGGAACCGGACCCGGUUCAGCCGGAAACCGACGCUCAGCACACACAGGGAUCUGAGAGGGUUCCCCUGGAGGAGGUCCGUCUCCGGCCCGUGCUGUCCGGGGGCCACGGGGCUCUGGUGACGGAGGGGGUGCUGGAAGUGAAGCAUGCUGGGAAGUGGCGUCACGUGUGCGACCAGGGCUGGGAUCUGAGCAGCAGCCGGGUCGCCUGCGGCAUGCUGGGAUUUCCUGCUGCAGAGCAGCUGGACCGCGCCCCCUACAGGAAACUGUGGGACUCCAAAUUAGCCGAUUCGUCAUCAAGGCUGAGGGCUCUGAUCAGUAAGAAAGCCUACUGGGUGGAGCGGGUGCAGUGCCAGGGUGUGGAGGCGUCCCUGUCCCAGUGCCACGCCCAGAUUUCCUCCCCCAGGAGCGACGCGCCCUGCAGGGGGGGCAUGCACGCCGUGGUCCGCUGUGUCCCCGGGUCCCAGUUCACCCGCCCAGGCAGGGCCCCCCCGCCCCCUGCUGUCCCCCCCGUGGUGCGUCUGAAGGCCGGGCCCCGUGUCGGAGAGGGUCGCGUGGAGGUGCUGAAGGAGGGGAAGUGGGGCACGGUGUGCGACCACCUGUGGGACCUGAAGGCCGCCCACGUGGUCUGCAGAGAGCUGGGCUUCGGCACGGCCAAAGAGGCGCUCACCAAGGCUCAGCUGGGACAGGGUACGGGGCCCAUCCACAUGAACAGCGUCCAGUGCACGGGCAAGGAGAAGUCCAUCACAGAGUGUAACCACAAACCGGUGCCGCUCUACACCUGCAAACACAGCCAAGACGUGGCCGUCCGCUGCAACGUCCCCAACACCGGCACCCAGGCCACCGUGCGUCUGGCGGGGGGCCGGGACCGUGCGGAGGGCCGCGUGGAGGUGCUGGUGGAGGUGGGGGGGGCGAGGCGCUGGGGGUCGGUGUGCAGUGAGAACUGGGGGCUCAACGAGGCCAUGGUGGUCUGCAGGCAGCUGGGGCUGGGCUUCGCCGCCACCGCCCACCAGGAGACCUGGUUCUGGCCCGGGUCGUCGGACGCCGGGGAGGUGAUGCUGAGCGGGACCCACUGCAUCGGCACGGAGAUGUCCAUCCAGCAGUGCCGCAGGAACCCGCAGGUCUACUGUCCCAGAGGGGGAGACGGCCGGGCGGCGGGGGUCACCUGUGUGGAGGCUGCUCCGGACCUUGUGGUGGACGCCCAGCUUGUCCAGGAAACGGCGUACCUGGAGGACCGGCCUCUCCACCUGCUGACCUGCGCCAACGAGGAGAACUGCCUGUCCUCCUCGGCGGCCCGGAUGAACUGGCCCUACGGCCACCGCCGCCUGCUGCGCUUCUCCUCCCGCAUCAUGAACGUGGGCCGGGCCGACUUCCGGCCCCGGGCCACCCGGGAGAGCUGGACCUGGCACCAGUGUCACAGACACUACCACAGCAUCGAGGUCUUCACCCACUAUGAUCUGCUCACUCUUAAUGGAACCAAGGUGGCUGAAGGCCACAAAGCCAGCUUCUGUUUGGAGGACACUUACUGUCCCGAUGGUAUCCAUAAGCGAUACGCCUGCUACAACAUGGGGCAGCAGGGUAUCUCGGUGGGCUGCUGGGACACCUACCGCCACGAUAUCGACUGUCAGUGGAUCGACGUCACCGACGUGAGACCCGGCGAGUACAUCUUUCAGGUGGAGGUCAACCCCUCCCUGGACAUGGCCGAGUCGGACUUCCAGAACAAUGUGAUGCGCUGCCGCUGCAAGUACGACGGAGCUCGCGUUUACCUCUUCGGCUGCCAUGCAGGUGACGCCUACAGCGCAGAGGUGGAGGACCUGUUCGACCACCAGCGUCAGAUUUCCAGCAACUUCCUGUGAAUUUUUUAAGGGGCGCCUCGAUUUCAGAGCCACCG